CUGGUUGAGUCAUAUUUCAAGGGGUUUAAAAUUGAACGAGUUCGUGUAUAUUUUUGUCGAUAAAAUUAGUCAAAGAGAGGAUGACCCUAGCUAAAUCGAAGAGUAGCCUUCGAUUUACUAUUUUAUUUUUGAAAACGGGGUUUUCUCUCUGUCUUUAGUGGCGAUUAAUUCGUUGAAAUCUGGUCUUUAAACCACUCGGAGAAUGGGAAAAUGACAGUGGCUUUGGUGGCUUCCUUGAGAAGAUUGGUUUCAGCAUUUGCAAAUCAAGCACUGGACUUUCUGGUGAUAUCUAGGAGAUUUUUGUACUGGCCUGAGUUGACCCCGAGUUUGGCAGCUGGACUUGAUCGACAAGAGACCAAGAUGGCGAGUACACGCACCGUAUCUUCAGCUGAGCAGCAGCCAAAGCCCCAAGUGGCAGCUCCUACGAAGGGCCGAGGUCAAGGCCGAGGCCAAGCUAGAGACCGUGGCAGGGGCAGGGCUCAGCCCAGAGCUCGAGCAGCAGCACUAGUAGUGGAGCCUCAGCUGGAGUUUGAUGAUGAGGCUGAGACUGAGUGA